AUGGGUCGCGUAUUUCUCCUCGCCGCAUGGCUGCUCGCAUGCGCCGUUCUUCAUCACGGUGCAUGUGCAGCAGCUACUGGUCCUGUUUCUGCAAUUGCUGGUUCUCAAAAAAUUGCGUGCAAGCUCUUGAGCCUCACACACCCAGACCAUACCUUUUUUGAGGGCUCCGACAACUACAAGUAUGAAACACAGACGCAGUACUGGUCGUCGACAGCCUACAACACACCAGCAUGUGUCUUUGUGCCUCAAAAUGCCCAGCAGCUCUCUUUCGCGGUGACCACGCUGACGCUGACUUCGACUAAAUUCGCGGUUCGCAGCGGUGGUCAUAUGCCUGUCCAAGGCUAUAACAGCAUCGGCAGCUCGGGCGUGUUGCUAUCCAAUUCCAACCUAAGCACUCUCGCUUUGUCACACGAUCAUGCUACCGUCUCUGUUGGGCCAGCCUACCGGUGGAGGGACGUUUAUUCGUAUCUGCAGCCCUACAACCUGACGGCUGUUGGAGGUCGUGUCGGCCAUGUUGGAGUUGCUGGUUUGCUGCUGGGAGGCGGCAUUUCAUUUCACUCGAGCCAAUACGGCUUCGCUGCUGAUAAUGUCGUGGCAUACGAGGCCGUCCUCUCCAGCGGUCUCAUUGUGGUGGCCAAAGCAGAUAAUGCCUAUUCGGACCUGUAUUGGGCUUUGAAAGGUGGCGGCAAUUCAUUCGCUAUUGUCACGCGUUUUGAUCUCAGGACCGUUCCAUUCUACGACUCCUUGACCAAUUCUCCUACCGUGUUUGAGAACUUUACGUCGCUCAAGACUGUGGCUGAUCAGUACGCGUUUGGGGCCCUUGCUACGUAUAUCAGUGCCGUUGACGCACUGCAGCCCAAUGGACUUCGCCAGGACUUCCGUGUUGCGUCUUUCAUGGUCAAUCGUGAAGGUCUUUCCACUGUGCACGACACAUUUUUCGGAGAUGCCAACUCGCAACUGGCAGACAUUGCUGGAUUGACUGCUUCCAUUACCUUUCAGCCCGUCACCAAAGGGUUCAUUGAGAAUGGCCGCAGUCGUGGCGGCAGCAACCCCCAAGGCGUGGACGCUAACAAUGCCCCCUACUUCUGGAUCGUGCAGAACCUGUCCUGGCAGAACGCUGGUGACGACGACACGGUGCGGGCUUUCGCCAAAGCUACCAUUGCCAAGAUUGAGGGAACCAUCACUUCUCAUGGCGUUGCUGGCGGCUACUUAUACAUGAACGACGCAGGAGAUGGCCAACCCGUGUUCCAGAGCUAUCCAAGUGCCAACUUGAGGCGCCUCAAGGACAUUCGGACCAAAUAUGAUCCUUUCAGGAUCUACACUAACCUCCUGGUUGGCGGUUGGAAGGUCUUGGAUGCCUAG